CUUUAAAGCCCUCCUCCUCCUCUUCCUCCUCCUCCUCCUCUCCAUCCUCCAUUCCUGCCUCGCCGCUGCAGCUCGUAGCUGCCGGGGUCUGCCUCGCCCGCCUUCUCUCCCCACCCUCCCAAUCCCUGCCACCAGCCAUGGCCGACAUGAAGACCGGCAUCUUCGCCAAAAAUGUCCAGAAACGCCUCAACCGCGCCCAGGAGAAGGUUCUUCAAAAACUAGGAAAAGCAGAUGAAACUAAAGAUGAACAGUUUGAAGAAUAUGUUCAAAAUUUCAAACGGCAAGAGGCAGAGGGUUCCAGACUCCAGAGAGAACUGAGAGGAUAUUUAGCAGCCAUUAAAGGAAUGCAAGAUGCCUCAAAGAAGCUUACAGAGUCUCUCCAUGAAGUGUAUGAGCCAGACUGGUAUGGACGUGAAGAUGUGAAAAUGAUUGGAGAGAAAUGUGAUGAACUUUGGGAAGACUUCCAUCAAAAACUGGUGGAUGGGUCAUUGUUAACGCUGGAUACAUAUCUAGGACAAUUUCCUGAUAUCAAAACUCGCAUUGCAAAACGAAGCAGAAAGCUAGUGGACUACGACAGUGCAAGGCAUCAUCUAGAAGCCCUGCAGAGCUCAAAAAGAAAAGAUGAGGGCAGAAUCACCAAGGCAGAGGAAGAAUUUCAAAAAGCACAGAAAGUGUUUGAAGAGUUUAAUACUGACUUGCAAGAAGAGUUGCCAUCUCUGUGGUCACGACGAAUUGGCUUCUAUGUGAACACCUUCAAAAAUGUAUCCAGCCUUGAAGCCAAGUUUCACAAGGAAAUAGCUUUAUUAUGUCACAAGCUAUAUGAAGUGAUGACAAAGCUGGGGGAUCAGCAUGCAGACAAGGCCUUCACCAUUCAAGGGGCACCAAGUGAUUCAGGUCCACUCCGCUUUGCAAAAACACCGUCUCCACCAGAGGAGGUCUCUCCACUACCUAGCCCUACUGCUAGUCCCAAUCAUAUGCUGGCACCCGGGUCUCCGGCACCAGCCCGACCUAAGUCACCUACACAGCUGAGGAAAGGUCCACCAGUUCCACCACUGCCUAAACUCACACCCACGAAGGAGUUGCAACAGGAGAACAUCAUUAACUUAUUUGAUGACAACUUUGUCCCAGAAAUCAAUGUGACAACCCCAUCACAGAAUGAAGUACCUGAAGCUAAGAAAGAGGAAUCAUUACUGGAUUUGGACUUCGACCCUUUCAAGCCAGAAGCUGUAUCAACAGGAGUUAGUCAUUCACCCAUGUCUCAGACAUUGCCAUGGGACCUAUGGACGACAAGCAGCGAAUUGGUGCAGCCGCCUGAUUCUUCAAAAAGUCUUUCCUUGUGUAACCUGAUCAUGGAGGAAACCCCAAACAGUGGGUCAUCAGAAGAUACUAACAGAUCUCAAACUGAUCUAGGUUCACUCAACUGGGGCCUAGAUGUUAGCACACCCAGUAUCAGCCAGGAAAUUACUGCAGGCAGUUCUUUGCUUUUCCCCAGGGCAGAGCAAAACUCAAGUGAAUCCACGGGUACUCUGCCUGCUAAUGUUUGGCCUGCAGUAGGUGAGCAGGAGGAUGCUGCACCAGGGCCAGCUUCUGUAAACGAAAACCAGAGGACUUCACUGGAGGACCAGUUGGAUGCCAAAAGUGUCGUGUGGAAAGAUGUGGUGACCAAUCAGCCUUUAGAGAAUGUAACCAGUUUUGAGGCACCCAUCCUUGGAACUGAUAGCUUGUUGAAUGAACCACUCCCAUGUGAUGUGCAAAAGGCAGAGGAAGAGCAUGAGGAAGACGAGUGGGCAGGUGUCAAGCCAAGUGAAAAGGGAUCCACCAUAGCAUUUAAUGGAUUUGCACAGGAUAUCUCUGCAUUUACAGUGCAAUCAAAUGAGAAUGUGGAAGAGCCUUUGACUGAGGCUGAAGAAACUCCACCUGGGGAACCUAAGGCUAAGGAAACCCCUGCUGCUGCUGCUGUUGUAGAAAAGGAGGCCAUCCCUGCUGAGCCAGCAGAGCAGGCUGUGGAGAAUGUUGAGGCAGGAGAUAAGGAGACAACUGGAGCUGCUGAGAAGGAAAGCGAGGUGGUACCUGUUGGUGAGAGGACUGCAGCAUCAGAAGACAGUGCAGCUGUGGCAGCAGGAGCUGCCACCACGGAGCAGGAGGAUGUUGCUGAAGGUGACAAACCUCAGGGAGAAGAAAAAGAGGCUGAUAUGUCUCAGGAAAAGGUCAGCAGCAUCCCUGCAGUAGUAAUAGAUCCAGCAUCAAACAACGAGGGGGAGGGAGAACACGAAGUCAUCAUGAAUGAGUUCAAAGAUGCCACAACAGAGAUGGGCGCUCAGGUCACUGACACUUCUCUCAGUGAAACUUCCCAGUCUGGAAAUGAUCAGAAACCUGCUGAAGAAGUCCAGGCUGUACUUUCUCAGGAUCAGCCUGUUCCAGCAGAAGAUGCAGCUUCAGCAAUGCCACCUGGUUUUCUCUAUAAGGUUGAAGUUCUACAUGAUUUCGAGGCAGCUAACAGUGAUGAGCUUAAUUUAAAACGAGGAGAUGUUGUGCUGGUGAUUCCUUCUGAGACCACAGCUGAUCAGGAGGCUGGCUGGUUGACUGGCAUUAAGGAAUCCGAGUGGCUUCAGUACAGAGAUGCAAAUAGUUAUAAAGGACUUUUCCCAGAGAACUUCACACGCCAUCUGGAGUAGUUCUCCCAGGCAGACAAAUGUAGUAUGAAGCUCAGUCAGUAGGUUUUUAACCUCUUUGAAACACAGGAGCCCACCUUUUUGUUGUUUAAGCUGUUAAUGGUUUACAGACUGGUGCCAGACAAAGCUACUUGAAACAUAUCAAAUGAGCAUGAAUGCAAACAGUUAAGCUGUGAUUUCUGAAACAGUACAUGGAAAAAAAAACCAGAUAAAAAUGAAAUGUCCUUAUUUGUUCAUGAGUAUGUGGCGACAGGUUUGUUUGUGCUUCGUCAGAGCUAUGGUGAUCCUGUAUUUGAUCCUUUCCCAAGAAAUCUGAAAUUAGCUUCCUCAAUACCAAAACCUUAACUUCUCUGCACUAAGUGUAUUGUAUUCCGUUGCACUGCAAAAGAUUUAAUUAAUUAUCCUGUAGUUAUAAGGUCAAAGUAUUACAAGUUCCAUGUGUUGAAAAGAUAGUUAACUACUGCAACGUUUUUCAGUGUUAUUUUUGGACAUGUAUAAUAUAUAUACACAAGACUUUAUAUGUGUAUAUAUAAGUGCAUAUGGCUAUAUGCAUUUUCACAACUUCAUUGUAGCUCUUUGGCUGUGUAGUAUCAUCCAGUACAUGCAUUGCUUUUUCACUGUCUGGCAUUACAGGAAACAGUUUUGCUCAAAGCAAAACUAACUACCCCAUUGCCAAAACAUGAUACAAUAUCUGUGUUUGUAAUGUGAAAUUUUCAUUCUUAGAAGAUGAAUAACAUCAUGUUCAAAGCCGCUAACCUUUGAGAAGGCAUGGCUUGGUCUCCUCUUCCAGCUGCAGUAGUUAAAAUGAGAUAACCUGGAGGGAGGAGUUGUUAUGAUGCUAAUCUAUACUUUUUUAUUUAAUUGGCUGGAUACAUUUUCAAAAAGAAAAAGAAUUAAUCUCUGAGAAUAAAUAAACACAAUAUAUUUUCACUAUAUGUAUUUAUGUAGCAUACCUUCACAGAACCUUUUAAAGUAAGAUAUAUAUAUCCUGUAUCAAAAAGUCAUCUGUAACUUAUGUUUUCCAGUGCUGUGUCAUUAAAAAUAAACCUUUGGUCCAAAGAAGCUGUUUCUU